CCGGGGGCACCCAGGUGGGGGUAAAGCGCGGGAGUGUGUGUGUGUGUGUGUGAGUGGAUAUCAACGUCAGGCUGUCUUAGACCUUCCUCCCACUCGUCUCUAUCACUUUCCUCGCAGCAGCCUGAUAACGCAGUUUUAGUGCUUGUAGAAAACUGUUGAAGAUGGGAGGUGCAGUGAGUGCAGGAGAAGAUAAUGAUGAAUUAAUUGAUAACCUGAAGGAGGCACAAUACAUCCGGACAGAACUGGUAGAGCAGGCAUUCCGAGCCAUUGAUCGAGCAGACUACUACCUAGAAGAGUUCAAAGAUAAUGCCUACAAGGACUUGGCAUGGAAGCAUGGAAAUAUUCAUCUCUCAGCACCGUGCAUUUACUCUGAGGUGAUGGAAGCUUUGGAUCUGCAACCAGGGCUGUCAUUUUUGAAUCUUGGCAGUGGCACUGGUUAUCUGAGUUCUAUGGUUGGACUCAUCUUGGGUCCUUUUGGUGUUAACCAUGGUGUGGAGCUUCAUUCCGAUGUGAUCGAAUAUGCGAAGCAGAAAUUGGACUUCUUCAUUAAAACAAGUGACAGCUUUGACAAAUUUGAAUUUUGUGAGCCAUCUUUCGUUACUGGCAAUUGUUUAGAGAUUUCCCCGGACUGCACUCAGUAUGACCGUGUUUACUGUGGUGCUGGAGUACAGAAGGAACAUGAAGACUACAUGAAGAACCUGUUGAAAGUUGGGGGAAUUCUUGUCAUGCCUCUAGAAGAGAAGUUGACUAAGAUAACUCGUACUGGCCCUUCUGCCUGGGAGACCAAGAAGAUUCUUGCUGUUUCUUUUGCUCCUUUGAUUCAGCCUAACCACGCAGAUUCAGGAAAAUCAAGGCUUGUUCACUUGCCCCCAGUGGCUGUUCGCAGCCUCCAGGAUCUGGCUCGCAUAGCCAUCCGAGGAACCAUUAAAAAAAUUAUACAUCAAGAAACAAUGAGCAAAAAUGGAAAUGGGCUGAAGAACCCCCCAAGAUUUAAACGAAGACGUGUGCGUCGCCGUCGCAUGGAAACUAUUGUUUUCUUGGACAAAGAGGUCUUCGCUAGUCGUAUCUCCAACCCAUCAGAUGAUAACAACAACUGUGAGGAUAUCGAGGAUGAGAGACGAGAAGAGGAAGAAACUAAACCCUCUGAACUAAAGCCAGAUCCUCCUGUAAACUUUCUGAGAGAAAAGGUCUUGAGUCUGCCUUUGCCUGAUCCUUUGAAAUAUUACCUGCUUUAUUACAGGGAAAAGUAAUUUCCUUCUUCUAGAAAGUGGGAAGUAGGCAGAAAAUAAAGUACUACUUAGGGCUUGACAAAUGUGUACCACUUGCUUGCCUGCUAAUAUGACCACCCAAGGCAGUAGGCUAGCUGGGGAAUGUGGCUGCUGUAUACUUAAACAUUAUAGCUUUUUUGAGUUUCUUCUUUCUUCUCGGUUGUGUGCUAUAGUUUUAUUCUACAGCAGGAAUUCCUUAGGAAGCAAGUUGGUGAAAUGCUCAGCUGCUUAUGGAAAGGGUUUAAUUCCCUGAAACUAACUGCACAGAGAGAUUCUAAAAACCUCACAGCUGCUCUACUGAAUUGCAGGUUUUAAAUAUUCUUAGCAGUUCCCCAAAGACCUUUGUUGUCUGCACUCCUCCCACUAAACCUGCCAUGUGUUUACCAUGGUAUGCGUUUAAUGGAGGAUGAAGAUUAUUAGUAAAAACUAACCUGGCAAAUCUUGUUUCUUCCAGUAAUCUGAAAAAGCACAACUUU